CCAUCAUCAUUCCCAGAAUGCACAGUGAGACGCCGAAACACGACCAGCCUCUGGACGCGCUGCUUAUCAUGGCGAUAUAACAUCUUUUCUUCCCCCUCGCCCCGAGACCUUCCCGGCAGCAACUCAAGGGUUUCUGCCUCCGCUUCAUGAAAACACACGCUGCGCCCGGUGCAGAGCGGAGAGCCGCCGCCGCCGCCGCCGGAGAUUCAUUCCAGAUUGGAGGAAGGACAUAGCGACCAGCGAGCGUCAUGGCAGCGUCGGAGCUGUACACAAAGUCUGCUCGGGUUUGGAUCCCCGACGCGGAGGAGGUGUGGAAGUCUGCCGAGCUCACCAAGGACUACAAAAAUGACGACGCCUCGCUUCAGCUCAUGCUGGAGGAUGGAACGACCAUUGAUCACAAGCUGGACCCCAAGACAAAGAACCUGCCUUACCUGCGGAACCCGGACAUCCUGGUGGGCGAGAACGACCUCACUGCCCUCAGCUACCUCCACGAGCCCGCCGUGCUCCACAACCUUAAAGUCCGCUUCAUUGACUCAAAGCUCAUCUACACCUACUGCGGAAUCGUUCUCGUGGCCAUCAACCCGUACGAGACGUUGCCGAUCUAUGGAACGGACAUAAUCAACGCCUACAGCGGGCAGAACAUGGGAGACAUGGACCCACAUAUCUUUGCCGUGGCAGAGGAGGCUUACAAGCAGAUGGCAAGAGAUGAGAGAAACCAGUCUAUUAUCGUGAGUGGAGAGUCGGGAGCAGGAAAGACUGUCUCAGCCAAAUAUGCCAUGCGGUACUUUGCUACAGUCAGUGGUUCUGCCAGCGAGGCCAACGUAGAAGAGAAGGUUUUGGCUUCCAACCCCAUCAUGGAGGCCAUCGGAAACGCAAAGACCACCCGGAAUGACAACAGCAGCCGCUUUGGCAAAUACAUCGAGAUCGGCUUCGACAAUCGAUAUCGCAUCAUCGGGGCCAACAUGAGAACAUAUCUGCUGGAGAAAUCCAGAGUGGUGUUCCAGGCGGACGAGGAGAGGAAUUACCAUAUCUUCUAUCAACUCUGUGCAUCAGCUAAUCAGCCUGAGUUCAAGAAUCUGAGGCUAAGCACCGCAAACGACUUCCUCUACACCAGGCAGGGCCGCAGUCCCGUCAUCGAAGGUGUAGACGACGCCAAAGAGCUUCGCACCACUCGCCACGCCUUCACACUUCUGGGUAUAAACGAGUCGUAUCAGAUCGGCCUGUUCCAGGUCUUGGCUGCUAUUCUUCACCUUGGAAACGUGGAGAUAAAAGACAGAGACUCAGACAGCAGCCUUAUUGCUCCCAACAAUCGUCACCUGACGGCGUUCUGUGAGCUGGUGGGCGUGACCUAUCAGGACAUGUCCCAGUGGCUGUGCCACAGGAAGCUGAAGACAGCCACAGAGACCUACAUCAAGCCCCUCCCCCGGCUUCAGGCCACCAACGCUCGCGACGCUCUGUCCAAACAUAUCUAUGCCAAGCUGUUCAACUGGAUCGUAGAGCAUGUGAACAAGGCUCUGGUCACCAACAUCAAGCAACACUCCUUCAUUGGAGUCCUGGACAUCUAUGGGUUUGAAACGUUUGAAAUCAACAGCUUUGAGCAGUUCUGCAUCAACUACGCAAAUGAAAAACUGCAGCAACAGUUCAACAUGCACGUGUUCAAGCUAGAGCAGGAGGAGUACAUGAAGGAGCAGAUCCCCUGGACUUUGAUCGACUUCUAUGACAAUCAGCCCUGCAUCAACCUCAUAGAAGCUAAAAUGGGCAUCCUGGACCUGCUGGACGAGGAGUGCAAGAUGCCGAAAGGUUCUGAUGACUCCUGGGCUCAGAAGCUGUACAACACCCACCUGAAGACUUGUUCUCUGUUUGAGAAGCCGCGCAUGUCCAACCGCGCCUUCAUCAUCCAACAUUUUGCUGAUAAGGUUGAGUAUCAGUGUGAGGGUUUCCUGGAGAAGAACAAGGACACAGUGAACGAAGAGCAGAUCCAUGUGCUGAAGGCCAGCAAGAAGUUCAACCUGCUGGUGGAGCUGUUCCAAGAUGAGGAGAAGGCGACCACCCCCACCGGUCAGGUGCCCGGUACCGGGGGCCGGACCCGCCUCAGCAUCAAACCGGACAAGGGCCGGGACACGAGCAGCAAGGAGCACAAGAAGACAGUGGGCUGUCAGUUUCGUAACUCUCUCCAAAUGUUGAUGGAGACUCUGAAUGCCACCACUCCACACUACGUCCGCUGCAUUAAACCCAACGACUUCAAGCUGGCCUUCUCGUUUGAUCCAAAGCGAGCAGUGCAGCAGCUCAGAGCUUGUGGCGUUCUGGAAACCAUCCGCAUAUCUGCGGCCGGCUUCCCGUCCAGAUGGACGUACCAGGAGUUCUUCAGUCGCUACAGAGUGCUGAUGAAGCAGAAAGAUGUACUCCCUGACAAGAAGCUGACCUGCAAGAAUGUUCUGGAGAAAUUAGUACAGGACCAGGAUAAGUAUCAGUUCGGUAAGACUAAGAUCUUCUUCAGGGCCGGCCAGGUGGCAUACCUGGAAAAGCUGAGAGCGGACAAGCUGCGUGCCGCCUGCAUCCGCAUCCAGAAGACCAUCCGCUGCUGGCUGGCACGCAAGAAGUACCUGCGCCAGCGCAGCGCCGCCAUCACCAUUCAGAGGUUCACCAGGGGAUACCAGGCCCGCUGUUUGGCGAAGUUCAUGCGGCGCACUCAGGCGGCCACCAUCAUCCAGAAGUACCAGAGGAUGUGUGUGGAGCGGAAACGCUUCAGGCAGAAGCAGGCUGCUGCGCUGGCCAUGCAGACCAUCCUCAGAGCCUACAUGGCCCGGCAGAAGUACCAGGCGCUGCUGCGGGAGCACAAGGCGGUCAUCAUUCAGAAGCACGUCCGCGGCUGGUUGGCCCGCUGCUGGUACAAGCGCUGCCUCGAGGCCAUCGUCUACCUGCAGUGCUGCAUCCGCAGGAUGAGAGCCAAGCGGGAGCUGAAGAAGCUGAAAAUCGAGGCUCGCUCGGUGGAGCACUUCAAGAAGCUCAACAAAGGCAUGGAAAACAAAAUCAUGCAGCUGCAGAGGAAGAUUGACGAGCAGAACAAGGACAACCGGGUGAUCAGCGAGAGACUGGUCUCUCUGGAGAGUUCGUACGCCUCAGAGAGCGAGCGCAUGCGCGGCGAGCUGGGCCGGCUGCGAGGGGUGGAGGAGGACGCCAAGAACAAAGCCAACCAGGUGUCGUCUCUGCUGGAGGAGCUGGAGAAGCUGAGGAAGGAGCUGAGCGUCACGCAGCAGGAGAAGAAGACCAUCGAGGACUGGGCGCAAAAGUACAGGGACGAAAUGGAAAAGAUGGUUUCCGAGCUGAAGGAUCAGAACGGCCUGCUGAAGAAAGAGAAAGACGACCUGAACCGGAUGAUCCAGGAACAGAGUCAGCAGAUGACAGAGAAAAUGACUCGUGCGAUCGCGCAGGAGACCCAGCAGCUGGAGACGGAUCUGAACGAGGAGCGCUCCCGCUACCAGAACCUGCUGACCGAACACCUGCGCCUGGAGGAGAAGUACGACGACCUGAAGGAAGAGCUGGCUCAAUCCAAGAACGUCUCCAAACCGGGCCACAGGAGAACAGACUCCACCCACAGCAGCAACGAGUCGGAGUACACGUACAACUCGGAGUACGCCGAAUUAGAAGACGGUUCCCGCGUUGGCGAAGACGUUACACGGGGAAUGGACACCUCGCUGACCCUGAAGCUGCAGAAACGCGUUACGGAGCUGGAGCAGGAGAAGCAGUCGCUGCGCAACGAACUGGAGAACAGAGAGGAGCAGUUCCAGCGGGCUAGAGCCAGGGAUGAUGCACAGUUCAGGAAGGCUCGCGGUGCAGAGCUGGAGUAUGAGUCCCUGAAGCGUCAGGAGCUGGAGUCGGAGAACAAGAAGCUGAGGCACAACCUGGCCGAGAUGAGGCAGAGCCUGCUGGGCGGUGCGGCCGCAAGGGCCGGCGCGCCGGGCUCGCCCGCCUACAAGGUGCUCCUGGACCAACUCAACGCUUCCUGUGAGGAGCUGCAGGUCCGCAAGGAAGAGGUGCUGAUCCUGCGGUCCCAGCUGGUCAGCCAGAAGGAGGCCCUGCACCACAAGGAUGAGAAGGAAACCAUGACGGAGCCUUCGGUGUUUGCUCAGGAUGUGAACAAACUGAAAGACGCCGACGAGUUGAAGCAAGCCUACGUUGGCCUCAAAGACACCAACAGAUCCCCCAGAUCAGUGCGUCCAGCGCUGGAAGUCAGUGACCUCCUGAGUAGGCUGAGAUCUGCAGCUCCAGACCUCCACAGGCUGAAUGAGGACGGGGAGCUGUGGCUGGUUAAUCAGGGCUUAAAGGAGACCACCAGGUUGCUGGAGCAGCAGCUGCAGACCCAGCGGAGGACGUACGACAGCGAGGUGGAGUCGCUGCGCGGCGAGCUGCAGAACGUGAAGGAGGAGAACAACCGGCAGCAGCAGCUGCUGGCCCAGAACCUGCAGCUGCCUCCCGAGGCCCGGAUCGAAGCCAGCCUGCAGCACGAGAUCACCCGGCUCACCAACGAGAACCUGGAACUCCUGGCCGACGACCCCACAGCGUCCAGAGAGGCUCGAGUCAUCAUAUUACGGCGGAUGGUUGAUCUGAUGGAGCAGCUGGAGAAGCAGGACAGAACCAUCCGGAAGCUGAAGAAGCAGCUGAAGGUUUACUCCAAGAGGAUCGGAGAGAUGGGGGCGGGUCACACCGAGGGACAGACGUCUCCAGGACAGAUGGUGGAGGAGCCCAUCCACCCGGUCAACAUCCCCCGCAGGGAGAAAGACUUCCAGGGAAUGCUGGAGUACAAGAAGGAGGAUGAGAUGAAGCUGGUUAAGAAUCUCAUUCUGGAGCUGAAGCCUCGCGGCGUAGCCGUGAAUCUGAUCCCAGGUCUGCCGGCCUACAUCCUGUUCAUGUGUCUGAGACACUCGGACUACGUCAACGACGACCAGAAAGUUCGGACUCUGCUCACGUCGACCAUCAACAGCAUCAAGAAGAUCCUCAAGAAACGAGGCGAUGACUUUGAGACGGUCUCGUUCUGGUUGGCCAACACCUGCCGCUUCCUGCACUGUCUGAAACAAUACAGCGGAGAUGAGGUCUUUAUGAAGCACAAUACAUCCAGGCAGAAUGAGCACUGCCUGUCCAACUUUGACCUGGCAGAGUACAGACAGGUGAUCAGUGACCUGGCCAUCCAGAUCUACCAGCAGCUGGUCAAAUGCAUGGAGAACAUCCUGCAGCCAAUGAUAGUGUCUGGGAUGCUGGAGCAUGAGACCAUCCAGGGCGUGUCCGGAGUGAAGCCCACGGGUCUCCGCAAGCGGACGUCCAGCAUCGCCGACGAGGGGACCUACACCCUGGACUCCAUCCUGCGGCAGCUCAGCGCCUUCCACUCCACCAUGUGCCAGCACGGCACCGACCCCGAGCUCAUCAAGCAGGUGGUGAAGCAGCUCUUCUACAUCAUCGGAGCCGUCACGCUCAACAACCUGCUGCUGCGCAAGGACAUGUGCUCCUGGAGCAAAGGCAUGCAGAUCAGGUACAAUGUGAGCCAGCUGGAGGAGUGGCUAAGAGACAAAGGGCUGAUGAACUGUGGAGCCAAAGAGACCCUGGAGCCUCUGAUCCAGGCCGCCCAGCUGCUGCAAGUGAAGAAGAAGACGGACGAAGACGCCGAGGCCAUCUGCUCCAUGUGCCACGCUCUCACCACCGCUCAGAUCGUAAAGGUCCUGAACCUCUACACUCCAGUCAACGAGUUCGAGGAGAGAGUUUCCGUUUCUUUCAUACGAACCAUACAGACCCGCUUGCGAGACCGCUGCGAGAGUCCCCAGCUGUUAAUGGACACCAAAAUGAUCUACCCGGUCACCUUCCCAUUCAACCCGUCCUCCCUCGCCCUGGAAACCAUCCAGAUUCCCACCUCCCUGAACCUGAGCUUCCUCACCAGGGUCUGAGCUGAAAAAUCCCCGGCCGUGACCGCCGCUGCCACCUACUGGGCCGAGACAGAUUCUAAAUAAUAAUUAUAGCAAAAAGCACUUCAAUAAAAUGUGGAUGCACACAAUCUGAAGAAACAUUUUCUGUCUAAACGCUGACAUGCACACACAUUGGUGUCACUUUCUAGCCUGUGUCGCGCGGAAACACGCGCUACUCUCCCCGUGCUCUCCAUUAAACGCCUGUAUAUACGCCUUGACCCGUAGAGAAGCCAUUGGAUAAAAUCAGUCAUCAGCAAGAGGGUCAGUGUUACCGAUCCUUCCUGGGUGUUUCCCGUCAUCGUUAAGCUAGGGGCUGUUCACGUCUGAGUCACGAGGGCAAAGCAGGCAGAGAUCUCAUCACACAGAGCUAAUUAGCAAACUAUCGCAAAAACAGCCGAGCGAUUGGGUUUUAUCCCCCUCUGAGCACAGACUCAUUGUCUGUACUACGUUAUUUAUACACAAAGAUAUCUAUAUAGAAAUAAAUAAUAUAUAUCUUGUAUUUUAUUUAUUGAAAUUAUGUUGCCAGCCUGUUUAAAGAGUACUGAACAGCUUUGCUUUAGCUGCACUGACGUACAAUAUGUAUGUCCUAGUAGAUUAAUUAUAUCAUAGUUAGAAGGUCUGGCGCAGAUUUUGAUUGGCUGUGUCUUUAACUCAGAUGUUUAAUGUUUAUUUCGGGCUGAAGUGAGGAGAGUCUAUAUGAAGGGUUAAACUCUGCUGAGGGCUUUAACCUACGAUGAGGUCCACUGUUUACAGCUCUGACCAGAACCGAGAAGACAAACCAGGAACAUUUAAACUAUACGGAAGCCCCAAUGUGCCACAAAUUCAUAAAUCAAAACAUAUUUACUUAUGUCAUUAUUAAAGUUGCUGCAUUUUAUAAAUAAGUAAAUUCCCAAUUAUGCAUCUCAAUUGUGAAUAUAUGAUUCAUCAAAUGUGAAAUUCUGUAAUUAGUCAUAUUUGAUCAUAUUUUAGAGUUACGUUUGUGAAUGUCAGUAAUCAGUUAACACUGUGUUGCGUAAACGCUGCUCCAGUUUCCUGCACAGUGUUGGCUCCGCCCAAUAGCAAACGAGAAAUUACUAACAGUGAAAUAAUUGUUUAUGCUUUUCAUAUAAAAUGCUUAUGUUUGCCAUAUAUUUUUGAAGACAUUACUUACAUUUACUUCUAAUUUUGAUGAAUUGGAACACAUUGAACUAAUCGAGUGAUUUAUUUAUUGAAUUGUGUCACUUUUGGACUUCCAUAUUCACCAUACCACCAACACUGCAGUAAAAGCACAGAUCUGUACGUACAACAUUACACUCAGCUUCUGUUUCUCCUUACAUUCUUCUGGUCAAGGCCCUGGAAAAUGUUCCCGUUUAUCUUUGUGUGCGUAUUUAUUUCAGUAUUGCCAUUUGUUUAGGGUUGUUUGUAUUGUAAAGCCAUAUAUUACUGAGCAGAAUGAAGAGACGUUUGUUGUUUUUGUAAGUAUGUUUUGCAGAAAUUGCCUGAUAUAUCUGUUCUAUGUUACUUUCUCUGCUUUACACCCACUUUUGCCUUCCUGUUUUUGUGACACAACAUGGGCAUUUGGUACAAAUUUUUGAUCAUCGCUGUCAUUUUAACUGCUGGCUCAGUGCUUAUCUGUUAGUCUUUUUUUUUUUUUAUUCACUGUACAAAUUGUUGAUCUUCAGAUAUCUUUACAUACUUGGUGCAUUAGCAAAGCAUAAGGCAUGAAGUGCUGCUGCUUUGUUCGUGUAACCUGCAUGGUUUAGGCUUUCCAGACGUCACCAGCUUGAGAACAGGAGCCUGCAUGUUAGGAAAACUAGAGAAUGGAGUCGAGUUCACCAGGAAAUGGGCCCAUGUUGUGACAAAGACUCUUCCGUCUUCCUCUGCUCCGUCUUUUCAGCACUUUCAGCCUACUUCCUGUUGUGCUGUUAGUACUUAAAGUGAGCCAUGUUCUGCCUCUUCUCCUCUUUUGAUCAUUAUUUCACCAAAAACACUACGCUUAGUAAAAUACCGUUUCUGUUUGGAUAGUCCAGUUGCAAAGUUUCUGUUGGAACUGGACUUUUGAGGCAAAUGAGAUGGAAAAAAAGAGAGCAGAGACACAAAAAGAGGCAGAGAAAUCUCAGUGACCCAGAGGAGUGACAUCUUUCUGAUUGGAUUUAAGAGAAAGUGCUACAUUUAGAGACGCACCAAUCAAAUGGCUUGAGAUCGGAAUCUGCCUACUUUUUCUUUUUUGGCAGGUUUAAUACUGAAAAAAAGUUAUUGAAUGCAUCAAACACUGUUUUCAAUCAUCAGCGUUUAAUUUGCUUUAUCUUGAAGAAAAAUCAAAGACUUUUAUGCUUUCAUUUUUAUGAUAUGUAGCCCUUAGAAGAAAAAACCUGAACCGGUAAAAGUAUAUCGACCUGAAACGGCCUGACCGGACUAUCGGCAGUGACGUUUUUACGUUAAAAACAUCCGCCUGCUCUCACUGGGACCACAUUUAAUAAUUCAGCCUUUUCUUUGUCUGGGUUUGUUUGUUGUGCAACAUUUCUGGCUUGUGCCAAGAGGUCAUAUCUGCUGGUUGUGUUUUUGAAGGACAGCAACAAAGGAGUCGAUCUACCAUUUGAAUGUUCAUGUUCUAUCAAGUGUAUCAUGAUUUUUAGCUGCACAUUGUAGAAGAAGCCUUAUCUGACUUUACUGGUUAUGUGAAUGACUUACACACACACACACACACACACACACACACACACACUGUCUUCUCCCAGUACAGGUUUUAUUUGUUCUCUCGCUGUUAAAUGAGUAGAAGUUGUAUAAAAUGUGAUCAUGCUGUUCUGAUGACGCCUCUUCUAGUCCUGCAGCUGGUGUAACACAGAUGGUUUGAACUGUUUAUUGAUGAGUUUGGACUGGAAAAACUGAUUUAGCAAAAUAAAAAACUCCCGCACUCAGUGGGAGCCGCGACGCUCACCCAUCGGUUGGUUUAUUUGAGAAGAAAAACGCCGUCGUCGCUUCGGUCCCCGUUUCCACACCGAGCAGAAAGCUGCUUCUAAGUUACGACCCGGACAUUAUAAAUGACCUUUGUUCUCAUCAGCACUAGAGUUACUUGUGCCGAUUAAAUAAACAACAACAAAAAAAUACAAAUAGUUUGGAGCCCAGCUGUGGCGGUACUGGUGCAAACAUGCUGAAGCCGGUCCCGGGUGUUUCCCUCUUUAAAUCAGUGUGUACAUUUGACGAACUGGACUGUUUGUAGUCUCUGGUAGCUGUGCUUCGUGAAUGUGUUCACCGUUAGCAAACUUGGAAUAAAAUUUCAACUCUGUAAGUAAAAUAAAAGAAUUCAGCACUG